AUGAGAGAAAUUGUACAUUUACAAUGUGGACAAUGUGGUAAUCAAAUUGCAUCAAAAUUUUGGGAGGUAGUAUCAGAUGAACACGGAAUUGAUCCAUCGGGCCACUAUCAUGGAACAUCAUCAUUACAAUUGGAACGAAUUAAUGUUUAUUACAACGAAGGACAGGGUGUCAGUACAUCUGGAUCUGUUUGUGUCACCCUGGAUAAUCGCUUGUUUAUAUUGAUUGUUCAUCUAGGACAGCAAUAUGUACCACGAGCUGUACUUGUUGAUCUGGAACCGGGAACAAUGGAUGCUGUUAGAGCCAGUCCAUAUGGCCAUUUAUUUCGACCAGAUAAUUUCGUUUUUGGUCAUUCGGGUGCUGGAAAUAAUUGGGCAACUGGACAUUAUACAGAAGGAGCAGAAUUAAUUGAAUCAGUUAUGGAUGUUGUUCGAAAAGAAGCGGAAGCAUGUGAUUGCCUUCAAGGAUUUCAAUUAACACAUUCACUUGGUGGUGGCACUGGUAGUGGCAUGGGUACUUUACUUUUAUCAAAAAUUCGUGAAGAAUUUCCAGAUAGAAUUAUGAAUACAUUUAGUGUAUUUCCAUCACCAAAAGUAUCGGAUACAGUUGUUGAACCGUAUAAUGCUACAUUAUCAUUACAUCAACUCGUUGAAAAUACUGAUGAAACAUAUUGUAUUGAUAACGAAGCCCUUUAUGAUAUUUGUUUUCGAACAUUGAAAUUAACAACACCAUCCUAUUCUGAUUUAAAUCAUUUAGUAUCAUCAGCUAUGUCCGGUGUAACAACCUGUUUAAGAUUUCCAGGUCAAUUGAAUGCUGAUCUACGUAAACUCGCUGUUAAUAUGGUUCCAUUUCCACGUCUUCAUUUUUUUAUGUCUGGAUUUGCACCACUUACUUCACGUAGUUUACAAGAUUAUCGUACAUUGAAUGUAAGUGAUUUAACACAACAAAUGUUUUCCAGUCAAAAUAUGAUGACAGCAUGUGAUCCUCGUCAUGGACGAUAUUUGACAGUUGCAACAAUAUUUCGUGGACAAGUAUCAAUGAGAGAAAUUGAUGAACAAAUAAUGAAUAUACAAAGUAAAAAUUCAUCUUAUUUUGUUGAAUGGAUUCCAAAUAAUAUAAAGACAGCUGUUUGUGAUAUACCACCACGUGGACUAAAAUUAUCAGCAACAUUUAUCGGUAACAGUACUGCAAUCCAAGAAAUAUUUAAACGUAUUUCCGAACAAUUUACCGCAAUGUUUCGACGAAAAGCAUUUUUAUUUCGUUAUACUGGUGAAGGUAUGGAUGAAAUGGAAUUUACUGAAGCUGAAUCAAAUAUGAAUGAUUUAAUCUCGGAAUAUCAACAGUAUCAAGAUGCAACAAUUGAAGAUGGUGAUGGUGAAAUUGAACAGGAAAAUAAUGACUAG